UUGAAAUUGCGUUAGCUAGAUUAAUGGUUACCUCGUUUGAAGUUAAUGUGCGAUGCUACGCAGCCAACGUUUGCUCAUUAUUUGUUAUUAUUAUUUUUUUGGUGGGAGGGGGGGUUUGCAUGUGUUGUUGACUUGCAAAUCAGCUUGGUAGCAGCCAGCAUUUGUCCCACUCGGUGUACCCGUACGGUGUUAAUUAGUGAACUAGCAAAAUAACCGCGUUAACCAAAAAAAGCUAAAAGUUAACAUACUUCGCUCUAUCCGACUGGGUUGAUUGAUGGCGUUCUUUCGCAAAGUUGCCUAGCUAGCUAAUGGUCGCUAAUUGUGUACGUGGACAAUACAACCUAUUGUUAAAUGUAAGCGGCUAGGUGUCUAGUUAGCUGAUAGCAGAGUAAAGUUUUAGCAAUGGGGUUUGUGUGCCACGCACUGUAAUUUGUGGACUCCCUUGUACUGUCAGUGCCCUGUUGUGACGACCACUCAUGUCAGCCACCAUCCCCAAGCUCUCCACCAGCGGUGUGGUUCGUAUACGGAUUUACAAUUCCGAACUGGGAACGACCCGGUGGAAGGAAGGCGGCUUUGAGAUCCUGGAGAAGGACAGCAAGGUCAACCUGUGUUUGAAGUUCAGCAGUGGCGGACCCCCUAAAAUCUUUCAGCUGAACCAGAAUGUGAAGAAUGUGGUGCUGGGGCCGAUGCAGAGUCCAGUGAGAGUCGUGGUGUCGCUGAAGGACUUGAGCGUGGUGACAUUUGAUCGCAUGCCCGUCCUGCUGGCCCAGAAAAUGAAGGAUUACCUUGAUAAGUUGAAACAAGGCAAACCAACAGUCCUAAAGACGACCCAAGGCAGUGCGAGUUUAGGGGGAGUGCUCGGAAACCGCCCAAUAAAGAAUGACUCCAGCCAGCACUUGCCUUCAGCGGAGAGACAGACGGCGCAGAGAAGAGCGAGUUUGGACCGAGAGGACGCCGCCCCUCGCAAGCCCCUGGGCAGCCCCAGCCGCGUGGCCUCCACCCCGCUGCGCAGCGGGCUGUCUGAGAACAGGAGUGAGAAACGGAAGAGACCGAUCACCUCAGACAGUGACCUGAGUGAGGAUUACCCCAAGGAGAAUGACUCCUCCAGCAAUAACAAGGCUACGUCCGACCCGUCCAGGAAGUUCUUACUGAGCUGUAAAGAGAAACUGAAGCAGUCUGAGGAGAACAGGAGCUCAGCAGGUCCUGCACCCCUCCAGCCUUCUUCUUUCUACAGCAGCAGAUCAGCGACAAAGGAUUUUACACAAGGCCACUCCUUCCUGGAUAGGCCAACCACUACGAGCCAGUCACCCUCUUCUAAAAGGAGCCUGCUGUUUCCUGGCCACUCUGCCCCCUUUAAGAAGGUGCGGUCCAGCCUGGACUACAGUGGGUGGAACAGGCCCCGGCCGUCCUCUCUGGCCCCCGUGCAGCCUCCGCUUCAGGGAUUCUCCAACCUGGGAAACACCUGCUACAUGAACGCCAUCCUCCAGUCUCUCUUCAGCCUGCCGUCCUUUUCCAACGACCUGCUCAAACAGGGCAUUCCCUGGAAGAAGGUUCCGGCAAACGCCCUGCUCAGGCGCUUUGCCCACCUGCUGGCCAAGAAGGACUCCUGCAGCCCUGAGAUGAAGAAGGACCUGCUGAGGAGGGUGAAGAGUGCCAUCUCCUCCACCGCAGAGCGCUUCUCUGGGUACAUGCAGAAUGAUGCUCACGAGUUCCUGAGCCAGUGUCUGGACCAGCUGAAGGAGGACGUGGAGAAGGUGAACAAGUGCUGUAAGAGUGAGCUGCAGCCCUGGGAGGAUCUCCAGGGCUCGCCCCGGCUGGGGGACGAGCCGGACCUCUCCCGCAUCUACACCUGCCCUGUGGCAGCCAACAUGGAGCUGGAGGUGCAGCACACCAUCUGCUGCAAGGACUGCGGUGAGGUGGUGACCAAGCGCGAGCAGUUUAACGACCUGUCCAUCGACCUGCCCCGGCGGAGGGGGAGGACCCGGCCCCUGCGCUCCGUCCAGGACUCGCUGGACCUCUUCUUCAGGAUUGAAGAGAUCGAGUAUUCGUGUGAAAAGUGCAGCGGGAAACUGGCCACUGUGACGCAUAAGUUCAGCAAACUGCCCAGAGUGCUGAUCCUCCAUUUGAAGCGGUACAGCUACAACACGCAACUGUCGUUGAACAGCAAGCUGGGCCAGCAGGUGAUCAUACCCAAGUACCUGACCCUGCGCUUCCACUGCACAGACUCCACACGGCCGCCUCUGGGCCUGGGCUGCCCCGCCCCCACUGCAGGGUCACGGACUCUGAAAACCUUGCAGUCUCUUAACUCCUCCGCUGCGCUCUUACGGAAAGGCUCUCUGAAAGGGAGCUCCAGUGGGGCUCAGGGGGACUCUGACAGCGAGGAGGAGCUGAGCAGGACCCGCAAGCGCAGGCUGAGCGACGGCCAGGCCGAGGACGAGCGGGGGGAGAAGGUGCAGCGGGGCCAGUCGGCGGAGCAGCCCGAGUACAGCGGCAUUAACGAUGACGAGAUGCUGGCGGCCGUCCUGGAGAUGAGCCAGCACGAGGCCCCGCUCUCGGCCGGGCCCGACGACGAGCCCACCAGCAGCCCCGACACGGGGUUCGGGGACACGGACACGCCCGACCUCAGCCACAACAUGGACCUCCUGGAGACAGACAAACCCUCCGCUGAGGCCCUGGACUCUCUGGACCUGACCAAGGACCUGGAUGAGAACAAGGAGAACCAGACGCCCGAGGGGCCGCAGGGCGAGCUGGACUGGAUGCAGCAGUACAGCCUGGACCAGGAGCGGGAGGAGCAGGAGCUGCAGCAGGCUCUCGCCCAGAGUCUGCAGGAGCAGGAGGCCAGGGAAAUGAAAGAGGACGAUGAUCUUAAAAGGGCUACAGAGCUCAGCUUGCAAGAGUUCACAAACUCUUUACCGGAGCUGCCAUGCUCAGAUGAGGACUCUGGGAAUGAGGAUGUGCUGGACAUGGACUACAGCGAGUCUGAGGCAGAGGACCUGAGGAGAAACGCAGAGAGCGGUGACCUCGCCAACUCCUUCCGCCUCAUCAGUGUGGUCAGUCACAUCGGCAGCACCUCGUCCUCCGGCCACUAUAUCAGUGAUGUGUAUGACCUGAAGAAACAGUCCUGGCUGACCUACAACGACCUGGACGUCUCACGCACUCAAGAAUGCACCGUUCAGCGCGAGAGAGAUCGGAGCGGAUACAUAUUCUUCUACAUGCACAAGGAUGUGUUUGAGGAGCUGUCUGAGCAGGACCGGACUGGAGGGAGUGGGGAAGCAGGGCGGACCGUACUGCAGCCGCUCUGAACCCAGCCCACAAUCCCACAAUCCAUUUCACCGGCGAGUCCCCGGGCUCACCGUUACCCAGUACUACUGAUUACCGUCCAGCCUCCCCUUCACUCCAAGCACUUUGUCCUAAAACAUCAGCUGCCCCUGCUGCCAGUCCCAUGGCAAACACACCUUUGACCCUGCUCAUCGUCCCGUCCCAGAGCCCCUCUGUGAAACAACGAAAUACCCGCGCAAUUAAAAGCUUUUAAAGGUUCACAGUGUAUUUUUUUAAGCUUGUGUGUUGCAUUCAACUGGAAUUAAAUUAGCCAUGAACUUUACAUUUA